AUGUACGCCCUCCAACGUUUACUCUACGGAUUCCCCGAGCCGGCUCCGCACAAACGCACCAAGCCCGUCGAGGUGCUUUGCUUGGGCUUGCCACGCACCGGAACCGAGUCGUUAAGCGUGGCCUUGCGAACUCUGGGCCUGCAGACAUAUCAUGGCUGGGACUUGGUAUUCGAGCCAGAUGGCAGCAAGCUGCAACUAUGUGCUGAGCUAGUGCGGCGGAAAUACAAAGGGGCUCGCGAUGGCGACGUGCACAUUAGUAGCGCGGAGUUCGACAUUCUUGUCGGUGAUAGUCAAGCGGUGGUUGACUCGUUGUGUAUUUUAUUUGCUCCCGAGCUGCUCGCCGCCUACCCAGACGCCAAGGUGGUCCUCAACAUGCGUCCCGAUUCCAAUGCCUGGUACCGGAGCAUCAAUAAAACUAUCAUCGAAGAGGCCGAUCAAUCAUGGGUGAUGUGGGCGAUGCAGUGGUUCUCCGCAGAGUUUCAUUGGCUGUACAGUCUUUACUUAAGAGAUGGAUAUCCCGGCAUCUUUCACAGCGGCACCACCAAAGACGGUAUCCAGCGAAACGCAAAGUGGGUGUAUCGCGACCACUGCAAUAUGGUCCGGGGGAUGGUGCCUAAGGAUAAUUUGCUGGAGUGGUCCUUUCUCGACAAGCCUGUUCCGAACGAGCCCUUUCCCCGAACCAAUAAUCCAGGCGAUUACGCCGAGCGCGCAAAUAAACUCAUCAAAAAGCGCUCCGUGCAAUGUCUGCGCAACUUGACUCUCACCGCCCUGACUCUGGGCGGGAUCACCACUGCUGUUGUGAUGUGGUGGCAGGGACGGAUCCCGAAGGUGACGAGGCUGGGUGAUCUCCUUGUAAAAUGA